AUGUCCUCCCAGCAAACGAAGCAGAAGUGCCAGCUCUCUCCUAAGUGUCCACCCAAGUGCCCCCUUCCAGGUCCCUGGGCUCUUGCUCCAUGCCUCCCUCCCAGGGCCCCUCCAGCCCCCUCCUGCUGUGUUUCCACCUGCUGCAUUUCCGGCUUCGGAGGCAGGUGCUCCUUAGUGUCUCACCGGUUUCCUCGAUUCUACCUUCGCCAGCCUCGGCGCUCUGACUGCCCUGAGAACGAGUCCCCAGGAUGUUCUAGCUGUUGUCACAGCUCUGGAAACUGCAGUUGA